GCAUGGAAACAAGUUCUGAAUCACAUCACACUAGGAGACAGUCCGACAGUCAGAGAGUCAGAAACGAAGAGAUACAGCACAUGGACGCACAGAUAUAGGAGUCGGGAUUGGACACAAUCAAACAUGGCCAGCGACCCUGCCAAUUCCAGAGACCAGAUCGACAUGGACGCGCACGUGUCGGAUAUUUCCACUAGCGAGAGUGAGCUAACCAGCGACGUCGAUACUGAUAGCGAAGGCGAGAGCUCCACAUUGGCCGCAUCCGACACCAGUCUGCAGGCGAGCAUGUACAACCUGCUGUAUGGAGAAUCAGACAGUGAGUUGGAGAAGGAGCAGGAGAAUGUCUGCGAAGAGACUAUUUCGCUGCUUGCCCACGAGAUCCUCUGCUGUGAGGGCGACAGUGACUCAGAGGUGGAGACCGACGGCGAGGACAGCGACGAGGCCAGGGACUACGAUAUGUUUGGAGAAGCCCAAGAGUGUGGGCUGCCCACAUACCGGCUCAUGCUGAGCGACGAGGACGUAGAUAAUCCCAAUGAGGUGGAAGUGGUAGGCAGUAAUGCGAUCGUCGGCGAGACAAUCUUCCUGCUGGAAAAGGAUAAGGAUCAACAGAGCGAGGAGAAGUCCGAGUCAAAGAAGGAAGAAGGACUCUUUUUUGAGUAGGGCUGGGGUUGGUAGAAUCAGCAUCUGCAGGAGGCUUUUUUAGUUUUUACAGAUACAUUCUAUGGACAUGUAUCUACUAUUUAUGGAGGGCAACAAAUGAGAUGAAUCCGUACCAGCAAACUUAAUUUUCAGGAUAAGGCCUAGGAGUAAUUAGAAAGGUGCUAUCCGCGUACCUCUAGGAUUUAUUAUCGUACGUCUUUUUUAGCCAGAUAUCAAGCUUUAUGUAUUUAGGCAAAUUAACAAGCAUUGUUUUAUGCAUUAGGUGUGCAAAAGUCCCGAAGCGGCAAAAGUGUGACUCCCUCAGGGAACAGACAAUCCUGGCAUCCAUAGAUAGGAGUAUACAUACAGGACGCAAUUAGUGGCAACAAAAAAUGAGUGGAACGCGCUGCUGAUCCCAAGACUACAAACUUUAUAAAUUUGUCAAAUUGUUUACA